AUGGCGUUCCCGGCUGCUAAGGCCAUUGCGAACAUCUCCCCAGCAGCGCUCGCUGCCCACCUCGGCCCAGGUGGACCAAGCACACCGCUGCUGCUCCGCGGACUCGUCGGCCACUGGCCGGCCAUGCGCGAGUGGGCCAACUCCUCGUCCCCUACCCCUUCUUCAUCCUCGUCCGCGUCCCCGGCCUCACGGACACUUGAUUUUGGAGGGCUCGCGGGACUGCGCGCCCAAGUUGGGGAGGACACGGCCGUCGACGUCGAGGUCGGCCCGCGCGGACGAGGCUACCUCGAUCCCGAGUGGCAGAGGAUCACCAUGGGCUUUGGCCUCUUCCUCGACGCGUUCGUUCUCAACCGCAUCCCGUCCUCGGACCCGCGGUCCCUGCCCGUCGGCUACCUCGCGCAAGCCGACCUGCUCGACCCCAACACCCACCCAGCGCUGUGUGCGUCCGUCCCCGAGCUGGCGCACUACAAGGCCCUCAACGGCGACAUCUACCGGCGUACACUGUGGAUCGGCCCCGCGGGCUCGUUCACCCCGUUCCACCGCGACCCCAAUGCCGGGCUGUACACCCAGGUCCUGGGCAGCAAGGUGUUCCACCUCGCCCCGCCCGACGCGCGGGACAAGCUGCGGCCAAGUACCAGCGCGCUGCAUGGGAACACUAGUACGGCGCCGACGUAUACGCGGGAAUUGCUACGCGACGGAGGAGAGUGGACCUCGGUGCUGGAUGCGGUUGGGAGGAUGGAGGGUGCGUGUGAGGCGCGGCUCGAGGAGGGCGACUCGGUGCUCAUCCCUGCCCGAUGGUGGCACAGUGCUGAGGGGGUUGGUGGAGCUGGAGUCGGCGUCAAUGCCUGGUUCAGGUAG